AUGUCAUUUUCUGGGGCACGAGAAGAGGAUAUUUCGGAUAUGCAAAACGUAUUUAGCUCAAUAGACAGAAACACACACGAAGAAGGAUCAGAUAUGACAGCCAGUGCUGGGGUCACAGAACAAGGUGAUUUUUCAGAUAUCAUAACAUCUCUAGGCUUAAACAAAUAUUAUCCAUCUAAGAUUUCCCUGUUGGAUGCAAUGGUCAUUAAAAAGUUUAUUGGGCACUUGAAGCUUGUUGAUCUUCCUUGGAUGUUUCUACACAAAGUCCUUAUGAUUAAUUUUCAUGCAAGAGACCAACUUUUGUCAGAAGUGAAGAAAUCAUCAAGAGAAAAUAAACCUGAUGAUGGAGGUGACUAUGACUUCGAGGCUCUUCUUGAAAUGCAAAACACGAGAGGUAUUGAAAACAAUGCAACACGUCUUAACCCUUUGGAUGCCCUGGUAGCAAUAUUUACAUGUUGUGACAACUUUCUAAAACAAACACUUGCUCAGAAACUCUUUGUGUGUAAACUUGCAAUUCCUUUUCUCUACCCUCUUGGAUCAGGAGGCAAUGUUGGUAUGUCACUUUGGGCACUCCGAACAAUAACUAUUCAGUGGCAGUCCAAGCAAAAGGACAUUUCUGAGACGUCAGUGACAGAAAGACCUUUCCCUGUGGUGACUUUCGUCAGAUUGGGCAGGCCACCACUGUCUAAGUCAAAGUUGGCAAACGCUAUUCUUAGGGAUGACGGUCAUAGCACCUUCUUUAACCACGAUUGCAACAAUGGUACCGUACCCAGAAGAAUAACUGAUGGUCUUGUGGAAUGUUCCUGGUUCAUAGGAGUAGGCAAAGAAACGGAGCAUCUCCAAAACACUGCAAUGUUCCUUAAUUUGAGAGGCGAUGCCUCAUUAAUGAAGAAACAAAUUAAAAUUUUGCAGGAAAUAUCAUCCGUGGUAUUUGUGACGGCCUCUCCUCAAGACCUGGCUAGAGAUCCUAACACCAUCGCAUUUCAAAAGAUUUUGGACACUGGUGCCAAAGUCAUACUCUUGUUGAUAAGUGGAAGUAAGAAAUCGAUGACACUCAAUAUGGAACUACAAGCAUGUCUAACUGCAGUUGGCAAGGACUUUCUGAAAGGGGUCCCUAUAAUUUUAUCCAACACCAUGCAAGGUUUUCAGAAAAAUCCUAAUGAGCUCAAGAUUGAAGCUAGAGAAAAGCUGUCAGAGGCUAUCGCCUGGUAUGCCGGUAUAACGAUCGAAGAGUGCGCUCGACGUGCAAAAAAUAUGGGAAUCGUCAUAGAUAAGUAUGAAGACAAAGACUGCCUUGAAGGUAAGGCCUUGGCAGAAAAUGUUGUCAGCCACAUUGAAGGUGAACACAUCGCGGAAUGUAAAGCCCUACAACUUCCAAUGCAAGGUAGGAGAUCUAUUGAAUACUUCAAGCUACGAAAGGAUGAUCGCAGAAAGGGUAAAAAAAGCUUGUUUGGGCAUCCACAAGAAUGUCGCUACAUUCCUAUAAACAAGAAGAAGAUGGAGCAUCUUCGUGAAAAACAGUUUGAAUUAUGCAAGAACGGAUUAACUCCAUUCAUCGAAGACUUUAUGUCAAUUCUGAACAAGCAGCCUGAUGUUGUUAUGUAUUCCUUGAAGUGGAUGAGCUUAAUAUUGGCUGAGAUGUCGAAAGCUAACUUGUCAGGCCUGCGUAAGAUAUAUCAAACUGCAUGGAGUCACUUUCAGGAGGCAAGUAACGAAAAGGAGCAGUCAAGCGUGCAGCACUUAAAAUCACGAGUCGAUGAUGCGGAAAUUCAGCUUCCUAGUGCAUCACUUGGCCUAGAAAACAUUUUCAGAGAACUAGGGAAUAUUUACGAAGUGAGAAUGGGAAGCGACAAAAUAGGAAAGGAUACUCGGGCAGAAGUGGAGUAUCUGCCAGAAAUCACUGCCAAACUGCUGUUGAAGGGCAUCCCCUUGCAGUUGGUAGACGGAGACAACUCAAGUGUCCCUAUUAAAUGGGUUAGCGCAGUGCUGGGUAAACUUGAAAAUAUUAUUGCAGGAAAAAAAAUGUUUGUUCUCUCGAUCUUGGGAAUGCAGAGCUCUGGGAAAUCUACGCUUCUGAAUACCAUGUUUGGGUUGCAGUUCGCUGUCAGCGGAGGUAGAUGCACAAGGGGAGUAUACAUGCAACUCAUUCCAGUAGAUGGUAGCGCUGAUUUGCCAUUUGAUUUCGUUGCUGUUGUGGAUACAGAGGGACUUGGGGCGCAGAAACUGGGACAACCUAAAGACUAUCGUGAUAAUGACCUUGCAACUCUCGUAAUUGGUCUUGGAAAUGUGACACUGAUUAACAUAAAAGGAGAAAACGCUGCUAAAAGUAAAAACAUUCUCGACAUCGCAGUACAUGCAUUCUUCGAGAUGAAUCUUGUCUGGAAGCGGAUCCGGGAUAAUAGAAGCUGCAUAUUUGUUCAUCAGAAUGUCCCAAGAGCAAAUGAAGAAGUGAUGGUAUACAGAAAUCAAGAAUUAGAGGAGAGCUUGGAUAAAAUCACCAAAGAGACAGCCUCCAGUAAGAACACAGAAGAUAUUCAUAAUUUCUCCCAGAUUAUCAGUUUUGAUGCCCAGACUCAUGUCUGGUACUUCCCUGAUCUGUGGCAUGGCAAUCCACACUUGGCCCCUGCGAAUCCUGGAUACAGUGAAAAGGUGGGUGUGGUCAGGUUAAACGUUUUAGGAGAUAUUGCAAAAAGGCAGACGACAUUUCUGACACCUUCUGAACUGUCCUUUUGCCUUGCUGGUCUAUGGAAUGGGAUCCUUGCUGGUGACGUUGUCUUUGGAUUCCGCAACAGUCUUGAGAAUAAAGCCUACAAUGAUAUGCAAUCCAAAUGCUAUACUUUGGAAUGGCAGUUGCAAAACGAAUUUAAAUCUUGGCUACACACCGCAGAGAUAAAGUUGAAAAUAUGCCAAACUAUCGAUGACCUAGAAAAUUCCUUUCGGUCCCUCAUAGUAAAACUCUCAGAGGUUCUGACUGAAAAGGGUGCAAAAAUUAAGAUACCUCUGAAGGAUUUCUUCGAGAACUACAAGCUGCGGGAAAUAACUAUCCCAUGGAAGGAGCCAAAGCUGAAACAGCUGAACUUUGUAAUUGAGCACCAACAUCAUGAUGCAAAGGCAGACCUACUCUCAAUAAAAGAAGGACGUCAAGAGGAGAUCUUGCAGCAAGAAAAGUGGCGAAAGCACGAGGAAUAUAUCAUGAACAAGGCAGUCGAACUGGCAGAAAUAAAAGGCAAAGAACCGACUGAUUACGGGCUAGAACAUGUAAAAAGGAGGUUUGAUAUCAUGUGGAUGUCAUUGGUGCACGAGCUUGCAGCUAUGAACCCAGACAAAAAUAUAGAGAUGGAUGUUGUGAUGGAGGAUAUUCUUUGCAAAAUAUUUCAUGGGCACAUCCAUAUUCUUAUGGACGAGCUAAAGCUCCAUCCUCUGAAUAUUCCACUUGAGCAGACAUCCUUGAAAGGCAGUAUCACUGUAGAUGAUGUUAGAAAUGUCGAGCACAUCAGCGUUACAAUGGACUUAUUUAAAAAAGUAAGCUAUGUUUAUGGUAUCACAAACCCAGUGUUACAGGCAAAACAAGAGACAGUGAAACUGACAGGCAGAAUCAUGGAAGAAAUAAGCUCUUAUUUACACAACAUGUCUAUUCACAGUGUGAAAUUCCAAGUAACAAGUGCAAAAUGUGUCAUAGAAAAUCUCGUGCAGACUAUUGAUACUUACAAUAUAAAUGCAAAUGUGUCUAGACACUGCAGCUUCAAGAUUACACGUAAAUAUGUUGUUAAACUGGCAGUUCAUGUUAGCCGUCACUGCGUUCAGGUGUUCAAUUUGAUGCAAUUAAAGUACAAUAACAAAUAUGGAUUGAAGGCCAAGAUAGAAGACUACAAGUAUACCGCAUGGAGUCUUUUCAAGUAUAAGGUCAAGCACAGCACUGAAGAGGUCAUUGCAGGUGACCUCUUAUGCACACAUUUGAAGGGAGUAGUUCAGGAGGCAGUAAAGAAGGCAAUUCCAAUCAAAUGCAUUGAUGAAGUUCUCAGAGACUUCCAGAUGACAAAGUACUACCUGAUUGUGAAAAUGAUGGAUGACCUGGCUACAAAAGAAAAAAUCAAGAAAUUCAAAUCCUAUUUCCAGAAUCCCAAAGAGCGUACUCUAAGCUGGAUUACCAAGUACACAAACGAGAAGAUGUUUUCUAGACAUGAUGUAAGUGGCAUGUCCAGGUAUGCAGAACUGGCUAAGAGCCAUAUUUUAAGAAUCAAGCGAUGUAUUACGAAAAGUGUUGAAAAUGCAACUGCUGAGGUCGGGCGGCACAAAGACAUGCAGAUGGCACUGUGGAUUGAUAAAUUCUGCCAAGGAGUCUCUGAGGAAAUAGCGGUACCAGUCAGUUCCCUGACCUGUGUGAGUUCUCGAUCAGUGGUGAAUUUCAACAAUCUGAACAGGAUCAUCCUGGACACGCUGGAUAAAACCCAAGCUAGUCUGGAGAAGGCCUUUAGCAAUGAAACAGAACACACUGUUCAUUGGGAUGGAACACCGCCACCACAGCAAAUUCUGGAUAAGAUAUGGGGAUGUCCUGAUGUGUGCCCGUUUUGUAAAGAGCCUUGUACAGACACCACGCCAGACCAUAAUGAUUUACAUGGGAGGAAUCACGCUUGCAUAUCACAGACCAAUGGGAAUUGGUGGUGUGGUGAAUUAUCGGAUAGUCUAAUACCACAUGGUAUUGCUGAGUGCCAUCAGCAUAUGGAGUUCGUCUAA